ACGCAUUUAUUUUAUUCUUGUUCUUGUUCAUGUUCCUUAUCUUACGAGUCAAUACAAAAGCACACUAUUUAUACAAGAUCCCCAAUUUCUCUAUUUUUCCUCCGUUUCUAUUGCAAUUUCUCAAUUACUACGUCGUAUUCUGCAAAUUCAAACUGGGUCUUGGUUUUCUGAAAGAUGGGAGGUGGCAAGGACAAGCACCAUGAUGAAUCUGACAAAGGAAUUUUUUCACAGCUUGCUCAUGGGGUAGCUGGUGCAGCACAUGGUGGACAUGGGUACCCACCUGGGGCUUACCCACCACCACCUGGGGCAUACCCUCCGCACCAAGGGUACCCUCCACAACAUGGGUAUCCUCCGGCUGGGUACCCUCCACAUCAAGGUUACCCUCCUGCUGGUUACCCACCAGCUGGUUAUCCUGGUUCAUCUCAUGCACCAGGUUCUCAUGGGCACGGCGGCAUGGGAGCAAUGCUCACCGGGGGUGCUGCCGCGGCUGCUGCUGCUUAUGGUGCUCACCAUGUCUCUCAUGGCUCCCAUGGCUCCUAUGGCCAAUAUGCUGCACAUGGUGCUCACAUGCCCCAUGGAAAAUUCAAGCAGCAUGGAAAGCACGGCAAGUUCAAGCAUGGAAAGCAUGGCAAGUUUGGCAAGCAUGGAAAGCAUGGCAAAUUCGGCAAGCAUGGUGGUGGGUUCAAGAAGUGGAAGUGAAGAAUGUGUAUCUAACUAUGAUUCUAAAAUGCAGCUCUGUGUAGAGCUUAAAUCUUUAUAAUAAACCAUACUUUGGAUGAUGAAAUCAAUCGAUCUAUGAGAUUAUGAUACUUGACCCCUUGUUUUC